AAGAAACACAACUACAGUAGUUAUAUAAAGACCCAUCCAUAACAGACAUUGUAUAAGAACAAAACUGCACAAUACUGUAAAAAAAAAAAAGAAAAGAAACCAAACAGAAUAAAAACUUUCUUCUCGAUCGAAACUUCUCAUCAAAACUUCUCUCCAAAGUCUCGAUCAAAAAGCAAUAAGAGGCUGCAGGUUGAGGAGUGAGGUGGGGAAACUUCGAGUUAAAAUGGAUAAAGGAAAGAUGCUGCCUAAUUUCUGUGCGAACAAUAACUGCAAGAUGUACAUGGAUUUAAAAGAUAUAAUAAGGGAGAAUGCACUUCGUUACCUUCCUGCUAAAUCGCUUUUUCGGUGCACUGGAGUUUGUCGGGAAUGGGAGCUUCAAAUAUCAACACCGUUCUUUGCUCACAAUCAAUCAAACUCUUUCCGUUCUACUUCUGGUUUCUUUUAUCAAACACAAGCAGGCGUGCCGUCAUUCAUGUCUCUUGACCCCAUGGCUUAUGGUGUUCCAGAUCCAUCUUUAACAUUUCUGCCUGAACCUGUUGAUAUUCGGGCCUCCUGCAAUGGGCUACUGUGUUGCCAGGGACGUACUGAGUACCGGGCUUACUACAUCUGCAAUCCUGUUUCCAAGCGGUGGAAAGAACUUCCAAAGCCAGAUGCUGAUCAUGGGCCUGACCCUGCUGUAGUGCUCCUAUUUGAACCAUCAUUGCUGAACUUCAUUGCUAGGUAUAAGCUGGUUUGUGCCUUUCCAUCUGAACUUGGUGGAUAUGAGUUUGACAUAUAUUCCUCUGAAAAUGGAUCAUGGAGAAAUCCUGGUGAGAUUUGCUUUGGUGAUUGGAAGCUCCUGCCUAAGUCGGGUGUUCAUGUGAACGGCACUGUUUAUUGGCUGUCGAGUCAAGGAGUUAUUGCAUUUGAUCUCACAUCAGAGCGGUCUCAGCUCCUCUCUUCUGCACCUGGGGCCUUGGGCAUGAUGAAUGGAAAGCUUUGUGCAGCUUAUGUACGUGGUCAGAGAUUAGUUGUGAGUUUGCUGUCUAAUACUCACUCGAAUACCAUGCGAUUGCACAGCGAUGCCAGGACCUGGGUAGAAAUCCAAUCUGACGUCAGUCUGGAUGCCACAGUGGCUGCAGAAUCCUAUAGUUAUACUCCCUAUCAUUUUUCUGGUAGAUAUGGCCAUGGUCCUGGAGGUGUGGUUUUUAUAGGUGAUGACACGGUGUUGCUUCGAAAUGGGAACAAAUUUUAUUCUUAUGACAUGAAGAAAAAGGUCUCUAAUUCUUUGGGUGAAGUUAACAUUGAUACCGAUGCAGGGAUUGUUGUUUAUGUGAAUAGCCUUGUUGAGCUCUAGUUAGCCUCUUUUCCCUUGCGAAUGGGAUACUGUCCGGUUUUGAGAAGAACACCAAACGAUCUCAGAUUCUUAUAAUCAGGAAGAUAAGAUAUAAAAUUAAUGCAACCUUUUGGUACAUGUUUCUGUGUUCUCUCUUUUUUUCUUUUUGGGUGCUUGUAGUAAGGAUUGUCUUCUUAUACUCCCAAUGCUCUGUGAGUAGCUGUAGUUCUGGUUCUGUUCACAACUCCUUUCAUCAAGAUAAGGAUAGUACAUUAAUUGCA